AUGAGUGCUGUUAAGAAACUAGCACCCAGCAAGUGCACCGUCUAUGUCUCCAAUCUUCCUUUUUCGUUAACAAACAAUGAUUUGCACAAAAUAUUUGAGAAGUAUGGCAAAGUGGUUCGAGUAACUAUUGUGAGGGACAAACAUACCAGGCAGAGCAAGGGAGUUGCAUUUGUGCUAUAUCUAGACAGAGAUGGAGCUUAUGCUGCAGUUAGAGCUCUUAAUAAAACAAAGAUGUUUGACAGAACAAUCACUUGUAACAUUGCCAAGGACAAUGGAAGGGCUCCUGAGUUUAUUCGCCGCAGAGAAUAUUUAGACAAAUCUAGAUGUUACGAAUGUGGUGAGGAAGGACAUCUGAGCUAUAAGUGUCCAAAGAACUUGCUGGGUGAGAGGGAACCACCACCCAAGAAAAAGAAGAAGAGGAAGCAUGAGACAGAUGAUCAGCAGAGGGACAGCGAUGAGAAUGAUGAUAGUGAUAAUGAUACAGCAACCAGAGCAGCCAUGGAUGAAUCUCUUGCUGCAGCCAUACAGUUCCAGCAAGCUUUGAUGUCACAUGACACUCUAGAUGACGGUUCAAGCUUCUCCGGCUCUUCAUCAAAACGGAAGAAAUACAAGAAAGAUGCUUAUUUCAGUGAUGAAGAAGAGCUAGAUGAUUAA